AUGUCACUGUGCAAGUCUUGUUUGGGCUCUGUUCCAGCACGACAACUUCUAUCCCACAAGAACACUCUCUUCGAGCAGAGUCAUGGAAGCUCUUCCCUUGGAUUAUGUGGAGCCUAUGGAAGAGUAGGAACGAAGUUUAUCUUCAAAGAAAAGCAGAUUACCAUAAUGGAAGUAGUGGCAGAGAAGAAGCAGACGAGCAUAAUGAUACGGGAACACAUCUGA